AAACUGAUUUUUUUCCUUCUUUCUUCCUCAGCCACGCGGGUUUCUUCUUCUUCCUCACCCCUGCAGCUCCCGAAAAAGAAGCCCAAGCACCGACUUCCAUUUCUUUGAAAAAAAUCAGCAAAAGCUUAAAAUUUUCCCUUUCUUUUCUUGUUAAAGAGCAAAAUUAGGACUUAGAAAUCUUCCCCCCUGCAGAAAAAUUUCAGAUCUGCUCUGUUUCUUCCCCUUUGUCUGUCCGCUGUUCUGCUGGGUGUGAAUCCUUCGAGAUUUUCGUUUUCAUGAUUUCUUCUCCAGUCUCCAUCGGCCUCCAUACCCGCCAGCUGCGGUUUGGGCUGCUGGAAAAAUUCUGGAAGCGAAGUCAAGGAUGGGGAAAAACGAGGGGAGUGACGAGUUAGAAGGCUAGCCAUUUUGUAAAUUGAAUAUAAAUUUUAGAUAUAAAUCAUGAUCUUGUAAACUAGACUUUAUUUGGAGAUUUUAUGAUAUCAGAGCAAACUUUAAAAAUUUAUCUUCAGAUUUUAUAGUAUCAGAUUGUGGUAUGAUGAAUUUCGAGCUUUCUGCAUUUGUGGGACUCUGUUAUGAGUGUAAGAUGUCUGUCUUGUCUUGUC